AUGUCUUUUGAAGAUGAAGAGCCCAUAAGCCUCUCGAGUCACGCCUUGGCCGCGCUGGCCGAGUUCCACGCCGAAAAGGACGCACACGAAAAGACAUUUGAGAAGCUGAGGACCGGCGCCGCUCCGAGAGCUGGAGCCGGACUCGGCGUCGUCGAACCGGAAGACGAGGACCCUGUAGCGGAGGAUGCGGACGAUCAACCGCUGAGCAUGGCGGCUUUUACGGAGGAUUGGAACGAAUCGCAGUUUUGGGUACGUAAGACGACAUGCACAAACAACGUCCUCUCGUCCAGUUGUCUUGCGCCUUUUGGCUCUGGCGGUGGAGAUAGAGGGCAUGGCAUGGCAUGGCAUGGCAUCGCGAUCGGCUUCUGGGAUAUAGUCUGUGCCUUUGCGUCCGAAGUUGGGUUUCUCGACGAAACAGCCUUUGCUCUGGCCGAUCAACUCCUCGAUGGUGCAUCGUCAAGCUCGACUAUUGGCGUAGUCUCGACACCGAGUGUGUUCAUUGCGCUCAAGAACCGUCUUAGAUUCUGGCCUAUUGAAGACCGGCCUAAGCUGGUCUUAUUCGAACAUGACCACCGUUUCAGCGUCUUUCCCGAGUUUGUCUUUUAUGACUUCCAGCGACCUCUCCAACUUCCAGCCCAUCUGAAGGGCAGCUUGGAUAGUAUUAUCAUUGACCCUCCAUUCUUCAGCAAUGACUGCCAGACAAAGUUUGCUCUAACAGGCCGUUGGCUCGUCAAGCCAAAGUCGCCUCGUGUGAUUAUCUGCACGGGAGAACGAAUGGCUACCAUUGUCGACAAGCUCUACCGUUCUCUUGGAGUCUAUGCGACAACAUUCGAGCCCGCUCACGCGGGUUUAAGUAACCACUAUUACUGCUACGCCAAUUUUGAGAGUUCAACUUGGGACUGGCGAUCUGAUGUAUCAGAUUGA